AUGCCACACUUGCAGGAGGAGCUCAGUCCUGUGACCCUCCAACCAGGCCCUCAGGCCAGCCUUGGAGAACACCCAGAAGAGACACAGAAAAUCACUCCCAGUGCCCCAAUAGCAAAGGGCUUUGUGGAUGAUGGCAGUCAGCUGCUGCUACUUUCAUUGCUGCUGCCAACACCUGCUGACCUAGAAGUCAAAGAACACUUUAUACCUUAUCAGCAGAUUAGGGGUGAGGGGGCCGAGGGGCCCCGGGCCCUGUGGAAGGGGAACGCGGUGGCGUGCCUGCGCCUCUUCCCCUGCAGCGCCGUGCAGCUCGCCGCCUACCGCAAGUUUGUUGUGCUGUUCACAGAUGACCUGGGUCAUAUUUCCCAGUGGAGUUCCAUCAUGGCUGGGAGUCUCGCAGGCAUGGUUUCCACCAUUGUGACAUAUCCUACAGACCUCAUCAAAACCCGGUUGAUUGUGCAGAACAUGCUGGAACCAUCUUACAGGGGGCUCCUCCAUGCUUUUUCUACUAUUUAUCAGCAAGAAGGGUUCCUGGCCCUUUAUCGAGGGGUUUCCCUCACUGUUUUAGGUGCUCUCCCAUUCUCUGCUGGCUCCCUUCUAGUUUACAUGAACCUGGAGAAAAUCUGGAAUGGACCCCGAAAUCGGUUCUCUCUCCUUCAGAACUUUGCCAAUGUCUGUCUGGCUGCUGUGGUAACCCAGACCCUCUCUUUUCCCUUUGACACUGUGAAGAGAAAGAUGCAGGCUCAGAGCCCCUAUCUUCCCCACCAUGGAGGAGUGGAUGUCCAUUUUUCAGGAGCCAUGGACUGCUUCCAGAAGAUAGUGAAGACCCAAGGGGUACUGGGGCUCUGGAAUGGGGUUGUUAAAUGUGGCAUCCAGAAUUGA